UAAGGACAUGAAACACAAUAAUGUGUUGUAAUUAUUCUUUAAUUCUGUAUUUGUAUGCGUUCAUAAUGUCAAGAAAUUUAAAUUCUUAAGUAUUUUUAUUUCAUUUGACCAUUAAUGUAUGAAUCUUGAGAUAAUAAAUAUUUUCGUGACUCAUUAAGUGUGGUUAAAUAUUGAUUUUCAUCCAUAUUCAAUCAUAUUUGUGAAUACCGCGAGAUUGAAAAAUGGCAGCUCAAAUCAAACCCGGGCCAAGCUCAAGCAACGAUAAAUUUAAUUCAAACCGCAAGCCUGUAUUAUUAGCUAAGCUUGAAGGAUGCAGCGACAAUGUAAACAAAGCCAUCAUUAUUCCCGAAACCGAUGGUGUCAUUAGUGUUUCAAGUGAUCGAUCUGUUAGAGUAUGGUUAAAAAGAGAUUCAGGUCAAUAUUGGCCAAGUAUAUGCAAUUACUUGCCUUCACCUGCUGUUGAUUUAUUUUAUCGACCAAUAUCUAGACAAUUAUUUGUUGGACAAGAAAAUGGAACUAUAUCAGAAUAUAUUUUAGAGGAGGAUUUCAAUCGUAUGGAGCCUAUAGGUGAUAUUUUAGCUCAUUAUGGCCGUAUAACUGGAAUGAUUUGGACUGAGGUAUCCAUAGAUGGUACUAUGGAACAAUGGAUUUUAAGUACAUCUCGUGAUAAAAGAUUUCAAUAUCAUAAUGCUAAAAAUGGCAAUCCAAUUGGUCCUCCUUUUGUAUGUGCUGCGUGGUGUACAUCUUUGGAAUAUGAUGCUGAAUCAGCCCAUGCAUUUGUUGGAGAUUACUCUGGAAAUAUUACAAUGCUGAACAUAAAAGCUGAUGGGUUACAAGUUGUUACUACAUUGACUGGCCAUACUGCAUGUAUUGAAAUGCUUGUUUGGGAUUCAUCGACAAGGCGUUUGUUUUCAGCCGGACAUGAUCGUUUGAUUAUAAUUUGGGAUAUUGGUGGAGGUCAUGGCACGGCUUAUGAACUUCAUGGUCAUACUAAUCGAGUAACAUCUUUAGCAUUUGUAUCGCCUAAAAACCAAUUAAUAUCUGCUGGCGAAGAUUCUGUCUUGGUAUUUUGGGACUUAAAUGCAGAAAGAAAAGAAACACCUCCAUGGGCUGAAUCAGAUAACUGUGAAUCUUGUAGCCGACCAUUUUUGUGGAACAUCACUGGAAUAUUUGAACGCAAACAAUUUGGAUCAAGGCAACAUCAUUGUAGAGCAUGUGGCCGUGCUCUUUGUGAUAAAUGUAGCCAAGAGCAAUCUACCAUACCAUCCAUGGGAUUUGAGCUUCCAGUAAGAGUCUGUAAAUUUUGCAGCAGUAACAUUGAUCAUACACCACUUGCAACAUUCCAUGAUACCAAGCACAGCGUAAUGUCAAUUACAAUGGAUUUACAACGAAAGUGUGUUGUGACAGUAGGUCAAGACAGAAUUAUUAAAAUUUGGGAUGUGUCAACUUUAAUAUAAACUAUCAUUUGUUAUUUAUAUAUUCAACCAUUAAAUUAUUGAAAGUUUUUCCUGUACCUAAACAUAAAAAUGAGCCUAUAUCUAUGCAUUUAUCACUAUGAAAAUCAUUUAGUUUACAUUAUAAAAUAUAUAUACAUUUAAUUGAUGAUAAUGUUGUUGAUUUAUAAUAAAUUAUAAACAC